AAAAAGUAUAUAUAUAUAUGAUAAUUUUUAUUCAAACCUAUACCCAUACGCGUAUUCAUUUCUUUUUUUCUUUUGUACUUUGCUCAAUAGAUAUAAAGAUCAAGAAAAGCAUGCAAAUAUAUAGGACUACUGUAAAGCUAGUUUAUUAUUAGCUUCAGUAUUUGCAUUUAUAUACAUAUAUAUAUAUUAUAAUACUGUCACUGUAUUAUUAUUAGUUCAUAUAUAAUAAAUACAUUAUGCCGCGGAACAAUAUUAAUAUGGUGACAGUAUUAGUAACGGACCAAAGGGAGGGCGGUUCCUCUGGUGGGAGAGCGGUCAGGAAAGGCGCAUGGACCAGAGAAGAAGAUGAUCUUCUUAGAGAUUGCGUAGACAAGUAUGGUGAAGGCAAAUGGCAUCUUGUUCCACUUAGAGCUGGCUUGAAUAGAUGUAGGAAGAGUUGUAGACUGAGGUGGUUGAAUUAUUUGAAGCCCGAUAUCAAACGAGGAGAAUUUACAGCCGAUGAAGUUGAUCUUAUUCUUAGACUUCAUAAGCUUUUAGGCAACAGAUGGUCCCUAAUCGCAGGCAGAAUACCAGGAAGGACAGCCAAUGAUGUGAAAAAUUAUUGGAACACACACUUGGGAAAGAAGGUAAUGAUGUCCUACGAUAAACUAAAUCAAAAACACUACCUCAGAAACAAAGAUGAUCAUCACAAGUUUAUCCCUAAAUCCAACAUCAUAAAACCUCGUCCUCGGACCUUCAGAAACCAAUUACCCUUGACGAAUACUACCACUGUUUCAAAAAACAAUAUUAGCUCUGCACCAGUACCACAUGUAGUAGCCUGUACACUUAGCCAGCAUGGGCCUGUUUUAGAAAUGAAUAAUAAGAACUGGGGCUGGGAGAGCUUAUUAGACAUGAUCGACAGCGAGGAUCAACAAUUUUUGAGCUCUGGUUUUGAUGAAGAAUUUAAUAAUGUUGCCCAUACCUCUGAAUUUGAACCUGUUUCUCAUCGACCUUCAGAAUCAAAAAUCAAAGACAUUAGUACUACUACUACUACUAAUAACAGUAGUAUUUUUGUCAUUGAUGGCUAUCAAAAUUGCUCAACUGACUUUACCAUGGACAUGGACCUAUGGGAUCUCGGAAUCACUGCCACAUCAGUACCAGACAGGGAAAUGCAUGAGCAACCUUAAAAUUAUUACUAUACUAAUUAUAAUAAGAAUUUCACAACAUCAAUAAAGUAUUGUUCACUAUGUCAUAGUGGUAUAAUUAUUAGCUAGAUAGAAAUAAUUCUCCUAAUAAUAAAGUUUUAAAUUUGGAUGUUUUGUCUUUAGAAAAAUAAAAAACUGGAAGUUCCUUUUGGCUUGACAUUUUGGGUUGUGUAUGAUUUAUUUUAUUUUACUUAUCUCAUUAUAUUGUCGACAGCUUAUUAUUCAUUGUGUCGACUAAUUUUGUCAUACAUAAAAGAUCCUGCCAUACUGUUGUACGUAGACUGAGCAGCGCGCGCCCACAGAUAAAUUUGACUGGGUAG